AUGCCCGAACAGCCCACUCCACCUCCAUAUCUGAAACGUCGUCGUCUAACUCUCGAAAAUGACGGAACUGCUCGAAUAACCACCCAGUCCCUACCCACGAAGAACCAGAAGUCGUCCCGCUCACUCCACCACAUUUGGAGGAUUUGGAGGAUCAGCGAUCCAUCAGUUGGGGAUCAGCCGUGCUUGCCCACCUGUACCACGAGCUUUGCAUUUGUGGUAUGGCUUUUUCCACAUUUGGAGGAUUUGGAGGAUCAGCGAUCCAUCAGUUGGGGAUCAGCCGUGCUUGCCCACCUGUACCACGAGCUUUGCAUUUGUUCUAUGGCUUCACAGCACAGACGUAACAUCGGUGGCGCCCUUUGGAUUUUGCAGCUUUGGGCUUUUGAGCGUUUGACGCCGUUACGUCCCCGUUACGCUGCGCUUCCCAUCACACAGCAUCUUCCUUUAGGCGACAGAUGGGCGGGCCCUAGGGAGCGUCGGGUCCGAGGGGCCCCCAGACACGAUCUGUCUUACUUUAGACUCUUGCUUGACAGGCUGCGUUACGGUGAUAUUGUUUGGCAGCCAUACACCGACGAUCUCCUCAGAUCCAUACCCUCCCAGUACCUUGCGGGUUCAGAAGUUUGGCGUGCUCGGGUACCCUUGAUUUACUACAACAUUGUGGAGUGGCACCAGCCAGAUAGAGUAUUGCAGCAGUUUGGGCUUAUUCAGCCUAUCCCUCUGGCCCCAGUGCAGGAUCACCGCCUCCAUUCCCUCCUUUACAAGAGCAGCAACAACUACAUGGAGAUCCUCGGGUAUUACGUACUAAUUUGGCUCCACAGGGAGUCACAUGUCGUUGGCGGUUACCGUUUUGAGCGUCCACCACACUACCAUUCCCAGUACAUGGAGUGGUAUCGGAGACACACCCGGAGGUGGAUUACCUGGCAGGGUGCAGCUGACGGUUCGAGUCGUGAUCUGGCGGAGAUGGUCCACGUCCGGAGAUCUAGCCGUGACUCCAUAAUUGGGUCCGCUGCACGCAGUUCACAAAUGGCGUACAUGGAGGAUCGUCGGGAUGUCACUCUUCCACCGCCUGAGCCAGCAGUCCCGGCAUUUGUACUGCCUCCUCUCCCUCCUUUGACGGUUGACUUGGAUUCCAUUCACAGUCGUCGUAGACAACGGCCUACACCACGCCAGCCUCGCCAGCGUCCAGAUCAGCCUAUACCGCCCCCUGUGUACUAUCAUUACGAUGCAGGAGAGAGCUCGCAGACACGACAGAACUAUUGCGGGCCUACUCAGUUUCAGGGUGACGGUUCACAGUUUCAGCAGCACUCGCAGGUCCCUCCGACCUCAUCGUUUCCGGUACCACCGUCAUCCGGGCCGUUCUUUUACUCCUCUGAACAGACGCCGUAUACCACUCAUCUGACAGAGCCGGCUCAGUAUCGACAGGCUACACCACCCCCAUUUCAGGCACCUCAGCAUGGUCAACCUUCUACCCCCUCUGAUCAGGGUUACCGGCCCGUGUUUUCUUGGCUCGAUCAACCGUCAGCGUCACAUUCGCGUCCCUCCCCUUCCACCCCGGUCGCGGAUCCGUCGCAGAUGUUUUUUUCGAUAUCAGAGGCUUGGUUGAACAGUCCAGGUCUCGGGGAGGGGGGCUCUUUCGAGGCGUUACAGUCCGGUAGUAUUCAGUUUUCGGGUCCGUCCUUCAGCCUCCUUCCGCAGUCACAGGAGGCACCGACUACUGCACCGGCUGCAGAUGAUCAGGAGCUAUCCCUAGACGAUGAUCACGAGAGCGAGGGCGCGCCAGGUGACAGACCGGGUGAUAGACAGUAUCGCGAUCUUACUGAGAGCAGUCUGCGCCGCAGGCAAGAUAUGGGGUACGAUAUGAGGACUCAACUGGAGAAGAACACUAGAUAUCGAGAUUAUUUAUGAUUUUGUUAUUUUUGUAGACACUUUAAAUUUUGUAAUCCUACUUUAUUUUAUCGACUAUUCCGUAUUAUUAUAUCGUUCAUCAUUUUA